AUGAAUUGUCCGCCCCAAAAUCAUCCUACAACCCCUAAAUUUCCUUCAUUAUACAACCCUCUGGUGGAGAGGUACCGGGAGUGCGAGCAACGUUACCCAUCCGUUACAUACUUGGAGAAUGCUAGCGACAUCUUCAAGUUCACAUUGUAUUGGACAUUGAUCCUUUACACUCCUGUGUUUGCUCUUCCUGCGAUCUGGGGCCUUGUUGUGCACUUCAUUCCACAUAGAUUGUCCAGGAGACGGCAACGGCGACGACAAAAUGCAUCUGAUUCAACAUUCCCACUAUCCCGUAUGCAAAAUCGACAAUACGCCGCCGUAUCGCAGAAUUCUAUUCACAGGCAGGGCGCUGGGGAACACGAGACCGGCAGAAACGAUGUUGGGAUACACAUGGCAUCAUCACCUCUUUCCUCAGAGCCUUUUCUUUUGGACUCACCUGUAGUUCCUACCAUCAAAGCCCCGAGUACACGAGCGGAGACGAUCAAACAGCGGUCCGCAUUAGCCCAAGCAUUCUCAA